GGGCCGGGAUCGGUUUUUCUGUUGCUGUCGUCGUUCUGCUCUUUACUCCCGUUAUUAUCAUAUUUGCUCAAAGUUUGCUGUAAUUUUCGCAGACGUAGCAGCGUUUGAGCGCGACCAGCCAAAAUGGUAUUUAGAGUGACUGUCAACAGCGCGUGGAGGGCGACGAGGACGCUGUGUCUGCUCGUGCUCGUGAGUCUUUCUGUGUGCAUCUGUGUUUGCCGAGCAGAGUCACCACCUCAGGAGGAGUACAGUGCCAUGGAGAACAUCGUAACAGAGAAGAAAGCCGAGGAGAGCCACAGGCAGGACAGCGCGGACCUGCUCAUCUUCAUCAUGCUCCUCACACUCACCAUCCUCACCAUCUGGUUGUUUAAACACCGGCGGUUCAGGUUUCUGCACGAGACCGGGUUGGCGAUGUUUUACGGUGAGAUGAUCCGGCGUGACUGAGAGACGUCAUCAUCAUCACCAUGAGUCUGAUGUCUGUCAUCUUCACGAUCAGCUGUGGAUUUUCACUCGUCCUUAUCAGGCCUUAUCCUGACAUUUAACGGCUCAGCUGCUGCCCAUUAUAUACAACGUAUAUAUACAUCAGUCACGUUUAGAACAGGCUUAGUUACUGACAGCUGUAGAACACCUGCUCAGUAGUGUGUUUCACUUCUACUUUCUUUACACCUUCACUUUCAUAGGAAUGUAAAUAGAUACUGGUUUGAAAAAUACUGAGGCUAUUUCCUCCUACACUCAGACACCUGAUCAGAGAGUGGGUAGAGUGGGGUAAGAUGAGCCAUUUUUCAUAUUUCGGAUCAUUACAUCAAGGCAAUCAUAGUUUUGUCUCUAACUAGUGUAUCUUUCAAGGUGUUGUGCAUCCCUGCAAACUAACAGAAUGAGUGUAAACCUAACUGUCUUGAUAAUAUAGCAUGCCAAAAAAAAAAAAAAACGGGAAUAAGCGGUAGAGAAUGGAUGAAUGGAUAACUGCUAAAAAGCUGUUUUGUAAAAAGUCAUUUUAACAUGAGAAUGUCUUGAAGUGAUUCAGAACAUUCACAGCUGUAUUUCAGAUAAGAAAAACUAACACAUUUCAACAAUCUGAACUGAAACUCUGAUCCUCUCAUCAGACUUCUUUACUUUCUCAGUUGAGCCACUGGCUUAACUUACUCCAGAACUACUAUUAUGACUUUAUUAGUCCUCUAAGCUAAAAUGGUGGACUUAUAUGCUAGGUUUUUGACCUCAUGUUGUAGCUCAUAGAUACCACAAUUGAUGUAUAAAACAAAUUUAAAAUGAUCUUUUUUGGUUUGAACAUGAUUCUAGUCAAACUUAUGACAGACUAAAUUCACUUUCAAGUGUAACUCCAUGAAUUGAUGCCCACCUCCUUAAUAUUUGGUCAUAUGAUCAACUUCUUUGACCAUUUCCAAGAAACAGGGGGUGGUUCAAUUUACCCUUUGGCUCAACUUACCCCACUCUUCCCUACUGAGCUGCGUCGAGUCUUUGUUUGUUGUAGGAAGUGACAAAAUAGAUUUAGCUAUACUCUGAUAUAAUAGGAUAACGAUGAUAUAAUAUUACUUGGUGAAUAGUUUUUGCCCGUUUAUUGUUUUCAGGACUGCAUUGAACGAGAAGUUUGUCACCAUGCAGAGGAUCAUUUUAUAUACAUUUUUUUAUCCACAAUCACAAACUUCAGUUCAGUUGUUUUGUCAAAAGUAUUCGGAUAGGUCAUUUAUCCACCUGAUCUUUUGACAUGUUUAAACACAAAACCAUUGACAAUAAUAGCACAUACAUUCAGUAUAUGCCUGGUCCAGCCUCCACAAAUGUUCAUGGUAGCUUACUUCACUGGAGCACUUUAACAGGACAGAGCUAAUAUUAACAGUAGUUUAUCCUUCUGCUUGAUGAGUCAAGAAUCCUGGUAUAAAAAAGUUCUUACAGGGAGUGGUCAAGUGCUAUGAUUCACUGACUCCCACACUCUCCUGUUAGUGUUUUCAUUUCACCUGCCAGGGUUUCAUCUUUUAUGCUUCCAUCCUGAUCAAGUAGACUACAGUGUUUCGUGACAUCCUGCAUAACUCAAACCAAUUUUCUCCUGACUUGAUGUUUUAUCAGCUGAUCAGAUGGAGUAACUUCCAACAUGUGUGCAGUGGCUUAAAUAAGUGUUAUGAAGCACUUUAAAACAUGCGCUAUUCCUAAUUCAUCUGAUCAGGAUCUGACCAGGCAAAUUGUUCUCAGAUGGAUUUAUUUUUAGACUUUAUAGUCACGCCAGUCGCUCAGCUUGAUCUGUAUACUUUUCCUUUGUGAGGCUAAUUUUACUUUUCUUUGUCACUCUCCUGCAUCAGUCAUACUGAAAACUGUGACGCUCUAGAAAUCUUCAGUUGAAUGUCUUUCUUGUCAUUAAAUUUUAGAAAGAAUUUUGGUUAAACAUCAAGAUACAUAAUGAUCAAAUUUGACACCUCUGUAGUCAUUCUGGCUUCAAUAUUCUAACCAUGAAUGUUGGACAUAAAUCAACUCUGCUGCCUGUGUCUCGCCAGGUUUGCUUGUUGGCGUGGUCUUGCGCUACGGCAUCCAUGUUCCUCGGGACAUGGGCAACACGACGCUGAGCUGCCACGUAAACUCCAGCCCUGCCACUCUGCUGGUCAACGUCAACGGUAAAUUCUACGAGUACACGCUUAAAGGGGAGAUCAGUGCCAAUGAGGUGAACGACGUGCAGGAUAAUGAGAUGCUGCGAAAGGUAUGGACUAACCUGUCACAGUUUUUUUUAUAUCAGUUAGAUAUGAUUGGAAAUAUAAUUCUGGGUUGUGAAGUUUGUAUUUAUACUCAGGGGACACCAGGGUGGGUUAUCACAUUUUUUACUCUUGGGUGAAUUGCUAAUGAUCAAUAUUGUCAACAAUAGAAUUUCUCACAUUCGACAAAAUUUUGAGGUCUUGCAUUAUUCUUGUAACUUAGCAACCCUUAAAGACACACAUCCAACAUGUGUGUUGGUUGUCCCAAUAGUUAUUGUUGGGGUUGUCGUAAAGAAAUCAGAUUACAGUAUCAGUUGUAACUUUUUUGUCCCCAAACUAAUUAAAAAAUCAGUAACUCUGUAAAGCUCAUCACUGCCAUGUGCAUUUGUCUGUUUGUUUGAGUUAUCCUAAUUAAUGAUAAUGGACUGAUUUGAAGAUAUAAUCAACCAAAAAGAUCACUAAAAGUAUCCUAAGUUACAAAGACACGAUAUGCCCAUCUUUUUUUUAACGAGUGUCCUAAUUUCAGCGAGCGCAUCACAACCAGAGCAGUUCGACACACACCUUGUUUCAAAGAAUUUGUGUAAACUACCACUAUGGCUUAAGAUAGCUCGCGAACUAGGCUCAGAUCAAAGAUAUUUAUGUACACUUUUUAAAUAAGUGUUUGAUAGUUAAAUGACAUAUCAUCUUUAAGAUAUCAAAACAUCAUCAUUGACUCCAUUUUCUUACCUCUGACAUCAUGUUUAUGUAAUUAUAUUCCCCACAUUAUUAUGUAUUCUGUUUAUAGCAGCACAGAGUUAAAGAAUUUUUAACUGGUGAUUAAAUGAACUCAAAUCAAAAUUGAUGACUUUUCAUGACCUAUAAAAGCAAAUAAGAUCAUGAUACUGACACCUUUUACUCUGUAUAUUGUAACAUUUGAUGAAUAAAAGUGCAACACAUAGGUAGGUGUCAGGGUAGAUGAUUGACAGCAGGCUUUGUUUACUUCUUCCUUAGCAAAUAUUCACAGUGAGACAUUCAUUUGACUGUUAAAAUAAAGUAAAACGAGAACUUUAGGCAGAAAAUUCUUUCUACGCACAUACAGGACAAGAUCAACAAAAAAACAAGAGGUGCAGCAUAAUACACAGAGCUCCCAAAAAUUCACACCAACAGAAUGUUCAGCAAGUAAAAUCCAAAUGGAAGACCUUUUAUAGACUUCAUUCUCCAGGUAGAUUUUUGUCCGCUAAAUCUGCUCCCUCAAGAUCAGCUGAUAAAUGUCAGUAAGAAACAGUGGACAGGUUUCCUUCAAGCCCGAGGAUCAGUUUGGUAUUUUCAGCAUGUGUAUUUUGGCAGAGUUCAUAUGAUGGUUUGCAGUUCUGACAUCUGGGACUCUGGGGCCAAUAAGCCUGAAAAUGAAGUCAGGACACAUGUAGUAUGUAAACAAAAUGCUGCAGAGGCAGUGUUAUUCUAAAUGGUUGCAUGAUUUCUCUCUGGUUUAUUUUCCCUCCAUUAGAUGUGUUGUAUUACGAACUCACAUAUCAAACAACCCAAAGUCAUGCACUUUUAAAACAGAACCGAUCUGCAGUUACAGCUACAACACUGGUUGUGUUUUCUGCCUGUGUACACAUGCCGUCCUCAUUUCUUGUCUUGUAAUUUCUUGUUUUUACAAUUAUUUCUUCAUUAUCCUGGAAGCCAGUUCGCGCCGUCCUAGAUGUGUCACUUCUGAUUCAUUCAUUAAUUUAUACUGCAAACAGCCUAGAAGUGCAAUAAACCCGAAAACAAAUGUCUCUAAAUCUGGUUUCAUUUCUUAUUCCAGCGACUCAGAGCUUUAAUAGUGUUUGGUGUUUGUUGUGUGUGACUCAGGUGACCUUUGACCCAGAGGUUUUCUUCAACAUUCUCUUGCCGCCAAUCAUCUUCCACGCCGGCUACAGCUUAAAAAGGGUAAAGGACACUUGACAGCCUCUUCUCCAUGUAAAACACAUAAAAAAGAAGGGGUGACGAAUGGGUGAUGAUAAUAAUACAGAUAAAUAAUGAUGAAUUUUGCAGAUGAUUGUUGACGUGUGUGAAUUUUUGUCUUUCAGAGACACUUUUUCCGCAACAUGGGAUCAAUCUUGGCUUAUGCCUUUCUUGGAACAGUUAUUUCCUGUUUUGUUAUCGGGUAAGAAAAUUCAUUUGCCAAAAAGAUGAAUAAAAGUAGCAGUAGGGGUGUCAUGAUACAACUUUUUGACUUCCAAUACAAUACUGAGCCUUCAUAUUGACCGAUACUGAUAUUGAUCCGAUAUUGGCAUGAAAUUGUGCAUGAACAGUUUUUUACUCAGCUGCAAGCUCUUUUUCGGACUUAAACAAAAAAUACUGCCACAAGGUCAACAUCACUCUUACUCUGUGCUACUUUGUUCGUACCUUAGUACACACUAAUGUUGUGAUUUUGUGGGCUCUGCAUGCUGGAUCAGGGCGCUGCUAGAUAGAGGUGCCGGAGCAGAGUCUGGAAUGGACUGCUAGUAUUAGUGUGCUGAUAUUGGAGAUUUCAGAUGCAGGCCGAUAUAACCCAAUAUCUGUUUUUUUGCUAAUAUCGGACCGAUAUCAAUAUCGUAUCGGGACACCCCUAUAAAAUAGUACAUCUGUCUUUUAAUGCAACCAUAAAUUACGAUAACAUUAUAUGUCAAAAAUGUACUCAUAUGUGUCAGAAGCCGUAGUGAUGAAGUGCCUUUAAAGGCAAUAAUACUAGUAUUGUUUAUGACGAUAUGCAAACACCAGCUGCUUUAUCUCCGUCAGGUUGCUAAUGUACGGCUGUGUGAUGCUCAUGAAGCAGCUGGGACAGCUGGGUGGAGAUUUCUUCUUCACUGAUUGUCUCUUCUUUGGAGCCAUUGUUUCUGCAACAGACCCUGGUACGUUUAACAGGCAUGAUCUCAGUGUUCAAAGUUUGUUCUGCUUCCAGCUCAGACUUAUAAGAAACUGUAAUCACUUUUAUCAGUCAAAGUACAUAUCAGAAACAUGUACUGCUGCUUCUUGGACAUAGAACAUGCAGUAACAGACAUUUCUUAUGAAAACUUGUCAUUACCAAGAAUGGCAGAGUUUUUUGCGUCAUCUGAGAGGAAAGUUGACACUCUCCUUUUUCCAAAAUUGUAAAGGUAGCAAAAACUUGAAGAAAAUUGGUUCAGAGAAAAAACAAAAAAAUAAGUUUAAUUAUUUAAUGUUCGUUCUGAAGUUUGUAUGUGUCACAGUGGGCCUUGUUGUCCGUCUGUUUCAGCCUUGUAUUGUUCCCUAGUGAGACUAAACAGUCAACUUCCUCUUUCGGAAAGCCUACCCGGACUAAUUUUAUCUGAUUUUAUCUGCUGACUGUUUUUAUUGUUUUGCCCUGUUGCUGGAUUUUUACUGUUAUUGUUGUCCUGUUGUGCACUUUGAGAUUUGUUUUUAAAUGUAAAGUGCGUUACAAAUAAAAUCUAUUAUUAUUAUUAUUAUAGAUGUGAUAAUAGUGUAACUUUGUGUUGUAGUAUCAAAACACAGCUCUCUAAAACGUCUGUCUCCAGGUGUGUAUCGUUGCGUUGGUCCAUUCUGACAUAAAAGAGGAACUUGUUCUUCUCUUCUUCUUCUCCACAGUGACUGUCCUCGCUAUCUUCAACGAGCUGCAGGUAGACGUGGAUCUGUACGCCCUACUGUUUGGAGAGAGCGUGCUCAACGACGCCGUGGCCGUUGUUCUGUCCUCGUAAGUCGCUGAAACCAUGACUCAGAACGAGUGCAAGUCAUGCAUUUCAUAUCGAUCAGCUACUGACCUUUCAGCUAACCAAAUAUCAGCCAAACAAGAGGUGAUCUCAAAGCUAACACUCAGCUUUUCUCCUCCUCCUCCACAUCGGACUCUUAUUCCCACAGAAUCUUAAAUUAUAGUAGCAGGCACAGUGGAGACGCUGGGCCCUGUGGAGGAACUCUGGGUGUCCCAUUGAACGGGUGCACUAAAUAGAGCGUAGCAUUGUGUGCCUUUGCGGUGCCUUGGGACAGACAUGACAAAUCACCAGCCAUUUAUUCUUCAACUACAGAUGCAUUUCAUUAUUUAUUCAUAUAUUCUUUGCUUUUUUGGUGAACAGUUUUUGUUGUUGUGAGUCAGCAAAGAGCCCUCCUCUGUUAUCUUUAAAGAAACUCAAAGGCUGAAGUGAGGGCAGAAAGCCAGGAGUUCUUACAGAGAAAAGGCCUGGUGAUUUGUUUUGUGUGUAAGGUGGCUGGGAAUAGAGAGGGGUGAUAUAUUACUUUGAGUACAGUUAUUGCAAAAGAGUCUCAGCCAAGUAUCUGAAGAAUAAUUUCCAAGGACUAUUGCCUUUACAACUGGCAAAUACCCUCUCUAAACCCCCCCUCUCUCUCAGGCUCGAGUUGAAGUGCAAGAGGCUCCUAUAUUUUCAAAAGCUGAAGUUUGCUAUUCUUCAAAGUGCGACUGUAUUGAGACAGUUCUGUGUAAAAACUCAACUACCCGGAAACACAAAAAUGCUCUGUAAGGGGACACAUUUUAGCUGCUUUUUUAUAAGGUGUACAACACAAAGUUACUUUGUUGUCUCAUUCUUCAAAAUAAUUUAGCAACUUUUUAAUCAGCUGACUACAACAGUUUUAAAAUAUUAAAUCUGUAAGUUUCCAGUUCAUUAAAUGUCUUUUUGGUCCCUAUAUCAAACCGUUAAAACUAGUAAACACAAUGAUAAUUCAGACUAGUGUCUACUGAUACAAGUCCUUCCAUUUGCUGUAAUACGAUGUGGUUCUCAUCCACAUAAUAUCCAGAGUAAGUGUUGUGUUGUUUUCUCCACACAAAAGCGUCUAAUGUGUCAGCUAAGAUAACAAAACAAACUAGCUUUUCAACUCACUCAUGAGCUUAGCCAAGUGUAGUUUGUUUUCUCAAGUCUCUGCCAACAUUCAGGACUCCAGAAAUACGUUACUGUUAUUGUUAUUGAUAAUUCAACUAACAACUGAAAUUACACAGCUGACACUGUUGACAUGUCCGUGAAAAAAAAACACUCCUUCAGUGACUGCUUUUCACCAUCAGGGCUCUUAAACAGAACAUGUUUCCAUCUAUGAAAGGAAAAAAAAAACCAAAUAGAUAAACAAACAGAUAAAACCCCUAGUGAGUAAAAAGCAUAGCUGAUGUCCUUGUUAUUAGAACAACAAAAAUUAGAAAUAUAAUGACUCACAGGAUUUGUGUGAAAAUGCGUCCCUAACAAAAACAUAUUGAUACAUGUAGCUGGAAUCUCACUUGUAUUAAUGAUCACUUGUUUUUGCACAAUAAUAAUACAAAGUCAAACUAUAGAUUCAGCAACUGGGUCAUAAGUUGAGUAUUUAACACAGAACUAUGUUGAACCAGUCUUCUUCUCUUCCUCCCCUCUCUGGCCUGAACAUUUCUCUGCUUUUCUUUUUACCUCUAGCAUAUUAGUAUAAGAGUGAGUAAUACUUCUGUCACUCUUUGAGCGACCUGAAAUGUGUAAGAAAAAAUCAAUUUACAAAGAGGCCUGUUGCAAUGAAAUGUGCGAUUAGCACUGAAAACAUAAGGAAGAUUAUUGAGAGUUCAAGUAACACCUUUGUUCAGGUGCUGCUUUAGCUUUGACUUUAUCAGACCUCAGCUUUUCUGUUCGACUCUGUAAAUCUUUGGUGUGCACUUGUUGAUCUUGAUUUUUGGCAUGAUUCACACUGUGUAAAAUAUUACAUACAUGAUUGUCAUAUACUGUUAAAUUUUGUGUCGUAUCAGGUCGAUAGUAGCGUACCAGCCACAGGGAGACAACAGUCACACCUUCGAAGGCAUGGCGAUGCUGAAAUCCUUUGGGAUUUUCCUCGGGGUCUUCAGCGGCUCUUUUGCGUUGGGGGUGGCCACUGGAGUCGUCACUGCUCUUAUAUCUUUUUUUCUGUUUCAGAAAACAUAAAUGAAAUAAUUUUAAGAACAACUGAAGAAAAACAGGAGUUAAUCUGUGUGGAUCAGCAAAAUUACUCACCCUAAAAAUGGUAUUUCUUAUUCGAGUUAGUUAUUUAGUUAUUUAGAUAGAACAGAUAGAAAUGGGAUAGAAAUGAACAGAUAAUUGAACUUGUGAUUUUUUUUUGUUAGUUCCAGAGUUUGCCACAUUUCUCUCUUUGUUUUGUUAAACUCCUUGACUUUUGUCCGUACGUGACUAAGUUCACAAAGCUGAGGGAUUUCCAGCUGUUGGAGACGGCUCUGUUCUUCCUCAUGUCAUGGAGCACAUUCCUGCUGGCUGAGGCCUGUGGCUUCACAGGUAACACACACUCACACUGAACCGCAUUACGGCAGAUGCUUUUUAUUUUGUUUUCUGUCUAGAAAGUUUUGUCUCUGGACUUUUUGUUGUAAUCUGUGUUUAUUGAUCUUGUAACUCUUCUGUUCCUUGUAUGGCUGUCCCUUCUGGUUUGUUGUAGGUGUGGUUGCAGUGCUGUUCUGUGGAAUCACUCAAGCCCACUACACCUUUAACAACUUGUCCCCCGAGUCCCAGGACAGGACAAAACAGGUCAGAUCUGGACUGUCAAUGCACCUUUUUUCUUCAGCCUUUUUUCAAGAUUUAAGGUGGAUUUUACACCUCUGUUUUAAGGCAGAAAAAUGUGAACUAUUACUUAAAUUUCAUUCAUGCUAUAAUCUAAAUCUGUUUCUCUCAUGAUGCAGCUGUUCGAGCUGCUCAAUUUCCUGGCAGAAAACUUCAUUUUCUCCUACAUGGGUCUAACCCUCUUCACCUUCCAGAACCACAUCUUCAAUCCCAUGUUCAUCGUUGGCGCUUUUGUAUCUUUUGCAAAUGAAACUUCCCGCACACUCACACACAACCUUCAGUUUGUUAUUGUCACUCAUGUUUUUGGCACCUGUGUAGGAAUGUGGAACUACUGGAACAAAGUGCCCUCUGUAUUUAACUAACUACUAGGAAGCAGGUGGGUAAAAUGGCAGCAAAUCAGCCAGUCUUUUGCUGGCUCUCGGCUCAGCUGUGCUCUCCUUAACCUUGUUCCGAACCAGCUGGCUGUGUUCCUGGGGAGAGCUGCGAACAUCUACCCUCUUUCAUUUCUGCUCAAUCUGGGCCGGCGUAAUAAGAUCAGAUCUAACUUCCAGCACAUGAUGAUGUUUGCAGGUUGGUAAUAAACAGAUUCACUUUGGAAAUCUGCUUCAAAUGAGAUGUAGGCUUUGGGGCUUCUGUGACCUUUGGGUGCACUGCAGACCAAUAUGAGCAGAGUUAUGGAUGCUAAAUGAGCAGUUUUACAUGUCAUGUUUAUGUUCAAGCAGGACCAUCAACUCUGUGGCGUAGGUGGCUACAGAUCAAGCUAGCCAUAACAAAGACAGUAAUAUUUAGAUCCAGACAUACUUAAUGUGUGAGGAAGAGAGAUAAGAUUCAAAUGACUCCAUGAAAUGAUCUUUAAAUCAUAACCCUCACAGGCUUGUAAAUAGAAGGCAUAAGAUUAAGAACUUCAACACUUGUGUUCAUCUUUCUGUGCUCCCCAGGGCUACGAGGCGCGAUGACCUUUGCCCUGGCAAUCAGAGACACGGCGACAUACGCCCGUCAGAUGAUGUUUACUACCACUCUGUUUGUGGUCUUUUUCACUGUGUGGAUCUGUGGAGGAGGCACCACCCAGAUGCUGUCUUGCCAGCGUAUACGGUACACUUCCCACUUACCAUAUUUGGGGUUAAGUCGAGGUAAAUUUUUCUCUCUGUAAGAUUUUGACACCACAGGGUGGACAGUGCACUCCAGUUUCAGUCAUUUGGUUUUCUUUCUUGGAUGAAACUCAAAGCUUCGCUCAGUAUUACCUCCGGUCCUGCCUGCUGAAUGCUUUAGGCUUUUAUCAUCUGCUGCACGCCCACCUAUUUAUGUAAACUUACUCUUCAGAAACUUGCUCAACAGGGGAAGCACGCUACGCAACACUGUCCUACAACUACAGUUUACUACAGUUGAUUUCAUGUGUUUAUACUUCCUUUAACAGAGUGGGUGUGGACUCUGAUCAAGACAACUCUGUAAGUGUGACUUGGGAAAUACUUAUUAGCUGUAAGGUGACUGGUGUGCAAUCAUAGUGACUAAACACACGCAAACUUCUCUGUUUGUACAGAUAAGCAUCGCCGAAGGCUCAGAGAGAAGAAGCACCAAACAAGAAAGUGCCUGGCUUUUCAGGAUUUGGUACAACUUUGACCACAAGUAUCCUUUCAUGACGGAUGACUUUUUCAAAAACUUCAAAAAUUUGGAAAAUAAAAACUUCUGUGCUUUUGGUGUUUUGUUGUUAUGAGAACCAAAGUGCAAGCUUUAAUACUUCUGAUGCAAAACUUAAAUCAAAGUUAGAAAAAGAUGUUAUUGUAUAUGCAGUUUUAAGAUCUACAACUUCAGUGUGAACAAAAGUCUAAGAGCAUAAAUGGAGGCUUACAGAUGACUGCUUCAGGCUUCAAACAUGUUCAACUUGACUUGUAGUUCCCAAUAUUGGACAGCAGAGGGAGCAAAUGAUCUCUUUUAUUUAUUGUGUUUUAUAAAGGUCACGAAGUUUAAUGAAUUUCUAGGUAAACGACUUCUUCGAAUUACUUUAAUUUUGACCACUUUGCCCUUUUAACCUGAAGAAGAAGAAGAAGCCUCAUUUUUGUUCACACUGUGAUUCAGUAUGAUUUUAUCCGAUAUUACUGUACACAGCUGCGUCUGUUUUCUGUACUAUGACUCCUUUACUCAAGCCUCCCCUCCAGCUACCUGAAGCCCAUCCUAACUCACAGCGGCCCCCCUCUCACAGCCACGCUACCUCCCUGCUGUGGCCCUCUCGCCCGCUUCCUCACCAGCCCUCAGGCCUAUGAGGUCAGACACUGGAGCUAUUUGUGGCUUAAGUUUUAUCCUGUAUUAACAGAUGAAAGAGAGCUAUGUGAAUGACUCAUGAUCAGUGUGAAACCUGAGGUUUUAUUUCAGUGUGCAGACAGAGAAAAAAUAAGCUCCAAGAGCAGAGGGAACAUACUGCUGCUCUGGUUUGUGUAAAUAUGUGACAUUGUUUUCCUCCCCUCUCCUCAGAACGAGUGCCAGCUGAAGGAUGAUGACUCUGACCUCAUCCUGACUGACGGUGACAUCAACCUGACCUAUGGCGACAUCACCGUUAGCACGGACGCCACAGGUGUUCACACGAGCGGCGGUUCUGCCUUCGCCGGCGCCGCCACUUCUGAUGACUUGGACAGAGAGUUGACAUACGGAGAUCACGAGCUGGUGAUGAGAGGCACACGCCUGGUGCUGCCCAUGGACGACUCAGAGCCCCCCUUUACGGACCCCCACCAUCGCUUACGGAUGUGAAGUUAGCCCUCCAUUGCAUACGUCCAAGACCACCGUCCGACUCAAAAUCACCCGAGCCAUCAAGCGAGAGACCAGUACCUGACUCUCCUCUUUUCCACAUUUUUUGCUCUUGCACCUUGCCUCAUCCCUCUUGCUUUUUUUUCCCCUCCUCACAGCUACGUUCACUUACUCCCUCUAGUGGCAAAUCACUGUCUCUACCUCAUUCUCAUUCUGCUCGUUUCCACACCUUUUUUCAGCGUCUGUCAUUAUUGUAAUAUAGUCUUAUUUAUUUGCAGGGGUUCUGAGUGUUCAAUUCAAAACCGGUUUCUUUAAGUUCGGCUUAAAGUCCCGUAUCAGUCACCUUACUGUAGCAUUGCACAGAAGUCCAGCAGCAUGUGUUAGUGUGUAAAUGCAAGUUCCAACAGAUAGCUUAUUUGUCAAUGUACAGUAUAUAUUACAAGAGUACUAUAACUUUGAUAUGCAUGCUGAGGAUGCUUGUCGUUUUCUUUGUACGAGGGCUUUUGUGUUUUGGGUCUAACUUUGAAUGUUGCUGCCUUCUCUCUGUGCACCAGAGGCAUGCUGACCCAGUGAACAACUUUACUGUACAUUUGUUACAAUCAAGUGCCUGGGAAUUGUAGUUUGAAGCCUGGAAACCCAGACUGGAUCAGCUCUGCGAUGGGCAGUCAUGCAGUUGUAGUUUUCCUUUGUAAAAAAAAGUACAAAAAAAGUACAAAAAAGUGAACCGACACCUCUGUACAUACGGUAGCAAUAUACUCAGAGGGUGUUUGGUCUGUUUGUUGCUAUCUGCCUGUAAAUAGUGUUUAAUGUGAUGCCAUUGAUGCAGUGUGAACCUGGCGGUGAAAGUUGCGGAUCUCUCCCAAUGACCUUUGACUGUGACAUAGAGAGGGACUUCACUCCUUAUUUUAGAAACUGAUGGCUCACAGCAGAACGAAGGGCUCUUGUUUUAAAAAAAAACGGGAUCCAAAAUGAGUUUAAACGCAAAAAGCUUUGUGCCAUUUCUGUCCUGCAUUUCGACAUUUUGUGAAAACUUCAAGCAGGCGACCUUAAAGUAUUUUGUAAUCGUUUUGCUAGAGAGCUUGAGCACUUUAAGCUGAAUUACAUUUGUCAUACAGCGGUGUGCGUAUGUCCUCUUUUCAUGCGUUAAUGUCAAGACUUUAAAUCCAGUUCUCCUGCGAAUGAUCCCAGUAAAUGCGGAAUAACACAAAUCUGGUAUUAAAGGAACUUCGUACCAUGUUACCGGUGAUUUGUGAACUCCUCGGGCACUUUGUUUGACAUUAAAACACAGCCACUUCAGAGAGUUGAAUUUGCAGUUACCUUGUUUGGUCUGAUCAACAGUUUGAACCCAAAGAUUUUCACUCGAUAAUUUUGAAAAACUAGAAAGUUUUUUUCUUUCAACUGAUGAGCUGGAUGCAGUAAAUUUGAGGUAAUUUUUGCUUUGGACAAUUUGAAAUAAUUGCUCCAUCAUAAAAAAAAAUCAAUCGUCGAACGUGUGAUCAUCUUUGUUGCAGUUCUUGAUUUUUUACAGUGCGGGCGAUACUAUCAAGAAAGAAUAUUUUUAGUCUAAUGGCACUGUUACUAUGAGCAGGUACUUGAGUAUUGUUACAGUUCAUCUUCAUGAGAUUGCUUUUAUAAGACAACAUCAGUUGUUAUUUUGCGAGGUGUUUUCUUUUCUGCUGUCUAUUAUACAGGGGGUUCUGGAGGGUGACUAGACUGACAUGAACCCACCAGAAUGAAGUCACUGAAACGCACACCAUGUAAGGGUACUCCUGAACCGAUGUUACAUUUUACUUUGAGUCUGAUAUUAGAGAGGCUGUACAAGAACAACAGGAGCUUCAGUGACCUCCUUAGCGUACUGAGUGUAGCAGCUGUUAAUGCAGGAAGUGUUGAUAGGGUGUAACCGUGGAAACACUGUGUUGAUGUGAACAGAAGCCAGUAAAAACAGGCUGUGGUCAAAUGCAACAGUCCUGUGGUAAGAGUGGAUGUAAAAAAAAAAAUGAGUGUAAUCAUCAUUAUCAGAGGAUGAUGAAAGAGUUAAAGUAAAAAAGAAAGACGAUGGUGAAGAAGAGAAUUGGAGGGACGGUUUGGCCCUGUUUUUGUGUGUAUUUGUGUGUCGGUUAAAGGAAGAGCAUGCCUUUAGAUAUUGCCUCUUCCUUCUGUUGUUAUCUUCUGCUGUGCAGGAACUUAUAACUUUUUUUUUUUUAAUUCAGGCAUGCCUCUCGACUCCACAUUAUCCAGGAAAUGAUUUCCUCUUUGUAACAUUUUAUACUUUUCCUUUGUGAGUUCUUUUUUGUAGAAGGGAAACAAAGGAGUGAAAGAAAGCUGAGAAGAUUUGCACUCAUCCAUUGAGAAUGUUUUAUUCUUUUGCUUUGAUAUUUGUUUUAUCUAACAACUGCUUUUAUUAUUACUUACCUUUAUGUUUCUGAAGGUCGUGGAAAAUGAGCAAAUUCACGUCAGUUCUGUGAAUCUUGUGUAACUCUGUGAGCCGCUGUGGAGAUGGUUGAAAAAAAUCAUCUCAUCCUGUUGUUUCAUCACUUUACCAUUCAGGUACUUUGUGUGUAUGUUUGCAACAAACUGAAUGCCGUUACCGUGACCUCUACAGAGCAUGAAUCGUUCAUCCUCCACAAAUGAUAGAAAACAAAUCUAUAUAUAUAUAUACACGAGUUGAAAUGUGUGCCACCUUUCUUCAAAUGACACAUUGAAUAAUGUGAACUCUGCAAAAGCCGAUGUAGGUUUUGGUGUUUGCCUACUGCUCUGUCAGUACGUGUUCUCUCUGUUCUCUGAAUGGUGAUUUGUGAUUGGCUUUGAUCGUUGGAAAUCGCGUCUCAAGUAGCUGACCAAAGAGGCCUGCUGUGCUUUGUGUUUCUAGACAGUCCACUCUAUCUUUAUACUGCAAAUUCUCUGCAUAUGUAUGUGUGUGAAUGUGUGUGUGUGAUGUGUGUUAAUGCCUGCUUGUGUACAUGGAUGUGUUACCUUGUAUGUGUGUUCGAGAGAGAGAGAGAGAGAGAGAGAGAGGAGGAGGAGGGACACUGUGUUCUGUCUCUUUCCUCUGUGUUGCAGGUACUGAUUGUUUACAUCUGUGUAAAUAUACUCUCACCUGUUCAUGUGCGUGCAACGGUCAAUAAACAGAAGCCUGUGCUUUUGGUUAAAGCCCUCGCUGUAAUGGCGUCAUUUAUCCUGUUUCCUGUUUGUUAGAUUUUGGUAUUGUGUGAGAAUGUGGCUGCUGAGCCGCUGAAAUCAUCCCAUCCAAAAGAAGUAUGAAAGGAGAUUAGUGCCAGAAGUGAUUUGAUUUGAGUAGCGUAAAUCUAAGACAGGAUUUUUAUUACGUCGGGCUAAGAAAUUAAAUAUGGCAGGUAGCCCAAGCCUAGAAGAUAUUAGAGCGUAUAUUACAGUCGAAUGUUCCAAAAGGGAUAAACUUCAGAUUAGACCUGGUCCUGCUCUGAUGUAGGUUAACCCUUAAAAACUUUGGAAGAAUUCAACAACAGAGGGAAAAUUUGACUAACAGCGAACACUCUAGCUCUGCUUUAUUUGGGCAAAUGUUUAAUAUUUUUUCAGCUCUCCAAUGGUUUGAAAAAUCAGGCGGAAAUUGAACAACAUUGAUGGUCUUGACUUUGGCAGUGAUCCUGUUACCAUGGUCUCCAUUUUAAAAACAGUAAGGUUUUGAGUAAACACUAUUCUUACAUGAAAAAAAAGUAAAAACACUUAAAUUUGCGUGACUUUUCACAGCCGUAAGUCAGAAACAAAAACCUUGACUUGUGGAUGCGCAUGGUUAACUUUUUCUUGGACUCCAUUGUAUUGGUGUUACUACAGCCGCACCCCUCACAGCAAAGACUGAUGGCAUUUUAUUCUCCCAGCAACAAUUUGUGCUAGAUAUCAGGUAACAUGUUCCUAAUAUGGACACAACUCCCUCCAGUCUGCACAAGAAUGUCUGCAUAGUGGAGUUAGAGUCCAGGCAGGAAAUAGUAGUUUUAAAGGGCCACUUAGCUGCAGCAGAUAUCUGUGAUUCAGAUUGGCUGAACCAUCUGAAUUCAGCUCUCCACACAUGGAUGUUGAUGUGAAAUACUGUGAUGGCUCACAAAACUUACAGGAUAACACAACAGGAUCUGAGUUGUGGUGUUUUUCAAUGUUCAUACUGUGUCUUUUGUGAAAUCUGUCGUUCAGUGACUGAUAAAAUAUACAGUAUAGCACUGCACCACAAUGUCAACAUUAGGAGGUCACCCUGCAGGGUCUUCAACAUGUUUUCUCCACCUCAAGAGCUCAUAAAAGACACCUAAAAAGGCAUCUCUUCUUUACCUGAGCUGCACAAAUCUAAUUUGCCACCCCAGAUG